AUGGAUGAUAGGUCUUGGAUCUUUAUUGAAGACCGAGUCAAUAAUCCGUACUUUGAAAAGUGUCUGAGUGACUUCCUUAAAUUUGCCUACAAAAAGAAAGAGGUUGGGAGUAGAAUAUAUUGCCCAUGUAGGCGAUGUAAAAACUCAGAACGAAGAAAGGAAGAAACUGUGCGUGCACAUGUAACAAUGAAGGGGUUUUUGACCACUUAUACAAAUUGGAUUUAUCAUGGUGAAGAUCCAUGGGACUUCAAUCAAGAAAAUAUGAACAAUGGAGUGUUUAGGCGCAUUGAAAAUGAUGACAUGAAUGAAUUGAUACACGAAACACUUGGAAGAACACUUGAAGAGAAUUCUAACAUAAAUUUAGAAGAACUUAGAGGAGCCUGUGAUGAAGAGACUAAUAAGUUUUUUAAGUUGCUGAAGCAUGCCGAAACAGAGUUAUACCCUGGAUGUAAAAAUUUUACUCUUCUAUCAUUUGUCAUCAAGUUGUUGCAUGUCAAGUCUCUUUGUCGAUGGAGCAACAACUCAAUGACAAUAUUACUGGAGCUUCUCAAGGAAGUUUUUCCUGAGAAUGAAUUAUUUCCAAGCUCUUAUCGUGAUGCUUGGAAAAUUGUUAAAGACUUGGGUCUUAGCUACCAUAAAAUUCAUGCAUGCCCCAAUGAUUGCUUGAUUUAUUGGAAGGAGACAGAACAUGAAACCUUUUGCAGAAAGUGUGGAACUCCUAGGUAUAAGCAAAUUGUAAAACAAUCCGAUGAUUCAAGUGAACAAGCUAACAAAGUUCCAGCAAAGCUUGUUCGCUAUUUUCCUUUGAAACCACGUCUCCAAAGGCUGUUCAUGUCAUCAAAGACUGCUUCAUUAAUGAGAUGGCAUGAAGAGGAGCGCAUCAAGGAUGGUAAAUUGAGGCAUCCGGCAGACUCUUUAGCUUGGAAGCAUUUUAAUGACCGGCACCCAAGCUUUGCUAGUGAUCCUCGCAAUGUUCGUGUUAGACUUGCAGCGGAUGGAUUUAACCCAUUCAAAGCAAUGAACAAUAAAUACAGCACCUGGCCAGUGAUUUUAGUGCCAUAUAAUUUACCCUCAUGGAUGUGCAUGAAGCAAACAUCAUUUAUGUUGUGUUUGCUAAUUGAUGGGCCUAAAGCUCCAGGUAAUGAUAUUCACGUAUAUCUUCAACCACUUAUGGAAAUCUAUCUGGUUGGAGUACCAAAGGGAAGUAUGCAUGCCCUUGUUGUAAUAAAGAUGUUCGAAGUCAAUGGUUGA